AUGUCAGAGGAUGCGACUGCGUUGAAAAUCCGUUGCUCAACAACCUCGGAAGAGCAACUGGUCAUCUCAACUGAUUCUGUUACUUUUGGAAUGGUUGUGGAAACAGGCACGGCGCGGUGCGUGAUUUAUUGUUGAAACGCUGUGCAGUGCAGGAAGGGAACACGGCGCCUCUUUCCGUUAAGGUAGCGCCAGAAAAGAGACCAUUGGUGGGGUGUUGUUGUUUUUUGGGAGGGCGCAACUGGAACCAAACGACUUUAAACCUUGCAAGCGCCAGGAUCUCGCUUUCUGCAGUGCCAGGGAACUUCGCCUUUGCCAAGAGAGAAAAGUCAAAACUCAACUGCUCCAAACAUCUCAUAACGCAAACACCCCUCUAAGGCCGAGACGCGUCAAGAGUUAAAUUGACUGGCAGCCCGAUCCUCAAACCAGUUAAACAGGAGCCCUUGGAUUUAAGCCGGCUUAGUCCUAUUGAGUGAGAGCUAAGCCCUGCAGAGGCCCAGGAAGCCGAGAGGCGGGGGGGGGGGGGGGAGAUGCAAUAGCCCAGGCGCCAUCCUGCUCCGCCCUGGAUUAAAAAACCUCGGGAUUUGAAUUUUAUUAAGGGGUGUGCAAGGGGGGUGGGGGUGGGAUUGUGUCUGCAGGGCUCGAGAUCCUCAGGGAUCCGCGCGGAGGAAAAGAGCUGUGGGGAGCGGUGAGUUUCAGGGGCAUCUGGGCAAAGGGAGAAGAGCCGAUGCGGCUGCAAGGGAGGGAGAAAAUGGGGGGGGGGUGAAUCAGGCGGAGCCGAAGAGCAAAAUCCGGGUGGGGGGGGGGAAGAGGGGAAGGCUGGCAAAGGAGGCAGCCGGAGGGGGGCUGAUUCCUUUCCACGGAUCUCUGCAGAUCUGCGUGGAAAGCUUUGCAGGAGCGGGGGGGGGGGGCGCACGCACACACUCGUCUCGCCUCUUCUUUGGUCUCGCCUCUUCUUUGUGGAGUUGGGAAACGACGGUCGUGGUCUGUGCAAGCACUGGGGGGGGGGGCGCUUCUGUGGGGCCUGCUCCAUGGAGCUGCUUCUCGCUCUCUCUCUCUCUCCCUUUGUCCAGGGUCGAGGCGUCCGCCCCCAACCGGCUGCACCGAGUCCCAAGCAGCCAGGCUUCAUGGAUGCCAUGCCUUAAAUGCAAUGCAAUGCUGUUGCUGCUGCUACUACUAAUAAUAAAAAAGUGGGGAGGGGAGGCGGGGCGGGAGGGGAGCCAUGGUGGGGUUAACUUAAUUCCGUUAAAAAAAAGAGAGAGAGAGACACAAAAGGAGACAAUCCGGAGUUUUGUGUUUUGCUCGCUUGUUCGCCGAGUGGGAGGGAACGGAAGGAACCUUCUUUCUGCUGAAUGGUUGCAUUCAGGGGAAACUCCCUCCAACGGGAAAGGCAGGAUUCCCCCAAAAUGGGGUUUCUUACACCAGAUCCGACCCCCCCCCGCGCGCGCUUUGCUUACGAAACACCCCUUUCUUUAGGACUCCCCAUUUCCAGCCACUCACUGAAGGAAGAGAGUCCCAGCAGACUUUUGCUAGUUUAAUUGGGGUGGGCCAGGAAGGGGCAACAGGAUCCGUGCACACCCCAUUCUCACGCGCUUGUAGGGCAAGCUGCUUGCAGGACUUGAGGUGGAGAGUGGGUUUUGUUUUUAAUUGGGGAGGGGGAGCCCCAGUGGACACCGCUGCCUGAUGGUGGUGGGGAGGGCGAGCUCUGCAGAAACGUAUUUAACUCCUGAGCCGAUUAAGGAAUCUGCAUGCUGAGCCUGCUUUUGCUCCCUGAGACAAUAACACCUCUGUUCCCCCCCCCCUUCUGCUCCAUUCCUACUCUCUGGGCUACUCUGCCUCUCAUAAGAACUAAAAACAGCCGCCCUGCGACAGAAAUAAUUCAGGCAGCACCCCUUGAUCCAUGGAUGGGAGAGGGAUAAACUGUGUCCCAGCACAACCAUCCAGGGAAUUGGGUAUAUCUAAUGUGACACUCGGAGGCUGAGUGAAAACAUUAAGAAUGAUUUCACCACAUGUGUGCAGUUGUAAUAAACUGGGUAGCAAAGAUGUCCAUCUGCGCAUGAAUUUGGCAGACACUUGAUGCCAUGUGUUGCUCCCAGAGAAUAACGUGUAUUUUUUGUAUAUAAAAAUAAAUCCAACAGAUUGCCUCAUAACAAUUAGUUAGCACAAUCAAGCCUCUUAAGAAUUGAUUUCCCAACAUCAAUGAACGAAAUUCUGAAAGAAAUAAAAAAAUGGGGGGGGGGGAGGCUUCAGGAGUUGGACUGCUCCUGCCCUCAUAAGUCUUAUCAAAGGAUUUCUGCUACUACAGUGGUACCUCGGGUUACAUACGCUUCAGGUUACAGACUCCGCUAACCCAGAAAUAGUGCUUCAGGUUAAGAACUUUGCAUCAGGAUGAGAACAGAAAUCAUGUGCCGGCGACGCAGCGGGAGGCCCCAUUAGCUAAAGUGGUGCUUCAGGUUAAGAACAGUUUCAGGUUAAGAACGGACCUCCGGAACGAAUUAAGUACAGUGGUACCUCGGGUUAAGUAUUUAAUUCGUUCCGGAGGUCCGUUCUUAACCUGAAACUGUUCUUAACCUGAAGCACCACUUUAGCUAAUGGGGCCUGCUGCCGCGCCGCCAGAGCACGAGUUCUGUUCUCAUCCUGAAGCAAAGUUCUUAACCUGAGGUAAUAUUUCUGGGUUAGUGGAGUCUGUAACCUGAAGCGUAUGUAACCCGAGGUACCACUGUACUUAACCUGAGGUACCACUAUAUAUAAUUUUUUACCCAAGUUUCCCCUUCAAAGACUCAGACUGCAGACACACCAUCCAUUUAAAGCACAUUAGCAACAACACCCCAAACCCUGGGUACUGAAGGAUGCUGGGAAUUGUCGCUCUGUGAGGGGUAAAGCUCGUACCCUCCAACAUUUCUCCGAUGAAAAUAAGGAUGUCCUACCAUACCUUCCAACAUUUUUUCCAAUGAAAAUAGGAACGUCCCAAGGAAAAGUAGGACAUUCCAGGAUCAAAUCAGAAACUGGGACGGCUUCUGUAAAUCCGGGACGGUCCCUGAAAAAUGGGGACACUUGGAGGGUCUACAAACUACAGUUCCCAGGGUCCUUUUCUGAGGAGGGGGAAUGCUUUAAACGUAGGUUGUGUAUGAAGCAUCACGCCCAAGCUAGGCUUCAUAUGAACCUGGAACACACCACAACUUCAGCUAUGAAAUGUGUUUUAAGUGCCAGAAAUCUGCUUAACCUGUGAAAGAAUUAUUAAAUAAUACCUGUGGGAAUGCAGGAAGCUGCCUAUUUGUCCAUCUAACCCAGUAUUGCUUGCUCUGACUGGCAGCAGCUCUCCAGGGCCUCAGGCAGAAGGAAGUCGUUCUCAUGGUCUUGCUCCAUCAUCCUUUUAUCUGGCGAAUGAAUCUGGGGGUCUUCUGCAAGCAAAAUGCUCUGUGUCACAGAGCUGCGACAGAGUAGGGCUUUUAGGCAUGGCGAGGGAUGAUGGAAGUUGCAGUCCAACAACACCUAGACGGCGCCUGAUUUAGGCCCUUGAUUGUGCUAUGCUCAAAAUAUCCUCCCCUUCUGCCAGCCAGUCUGUCAAGAGAAACCACUGGAUGUUAUUUCUCAGGCUAACUUCAUAUUGCAGGAUUCUUUUAGGGCAGGGACAGAAACAAACAGCCCUAGGUACACUGUCCUGAGCAACCUGGAGGACAUAUGUGAGCCACAAUUGUUAAUAAUAAUAAUAGUAAUAAUAAUAAUAAUAAGAAGCCACCCGUUUACUGGGUUGCUCCAGCCACUCUGGGCGGCUCCCAACAAAAAAACAGUAAAAACACAAUACAACAUCACACAAAAAACCCUUUCCUGAACAGGGCUGCCUUCCGACGUCUUUUUAAAAACCACAUAGCUAUUUAUCUGUUUGACAUCUGCUGGGAGGGCAUUCCACUAUCUAAAAGGGCCCUCUGCCUGGUUCUCUGCAACCUCACUUCUCGCAAUGAGGGAACCCCCAGAUUAAUUUUAAUUAUUAUUUUUCUCUUUCUUUCUUUCUCAGGAACAAGCUCCAAGUAUCUGA